GAUUUUCAUAAAUUAAAGUCGUUACUGGAAAAUAACUCAUACAACUGUACUCUCUGUUGUGGGACUUCAAUCAACUGUUUGCUGGAGAUUUGGCUAGGGUUGGUCAGGAGAUCGAUUUGGUGUUCUCCGCUUUUUGUUCAGGAGCUGAUUGAUUGCUGGUCAGUUCGAUUUCCGCCACUUGAAUGUCGUCUGUGAUUGACUUUAGUGAUUGGUAUCAGUUUCUGUGUGUGUAAGGGGAGACUCGUAGCGUGUUUGAAGGAAAAAGCAUCUGGAGAAGAGAGAGGAGGAGCCGAUAUGCUUCCUGUGGCAAUGUAGAAGUAAUGGUAAAACCUGUUGUUUUAGGACGACUAUAGUUUGGAAUAAUCAAAUAUUGCUUCACAAGGUAUUGUUGAUUGACUCUUCAGAGAUAUUUAGAGCUCUUUUUUCGUGAAAACAGAAGACAUGCAACCCGGCUGAUCUGGGACCAUCUCUGCAAAAUAUAUACACUGCCCAACUAAUAGCAUGACUGCAUUAUGCAUGACUGAUGCAGAAGAGUAUAAAAGCAAAGAUAGAAAGACAGAGAUUUUGUUGUUUACUGCAUACUCAGAAUCGGGCAUGCAUUUUGGGAAUUUAACUAGGGAUCAUCAUUUGUAAUGGAAAAUGAGGAGAGGGGUUGUGAAAAGAUAUUUUCAAAUGGAGAUGUCUAUCUUGGUUCUUUCAAGGGAUCUAUCCCCCAUGGAAAAGGUAAAUAUACAUGGUCAGAAGGAACAGUUUAUGAGGGUGACUGGGAAGAAGGGAAAAUGACAGGAAAAGGAAAGAUCAUUUGGCCUUCACAGGCUACGUAUGAGGGUGACUUUUCGGGGGCUUACCUUCAUGGUUUUGGAACGUUUAUUGGUUCUGAUGGGUCCAUAUACAGAGGUUCUUGGAAGAUGAACUCUCAACAUGGCAUUGGGAGGAAGCAAUAUCCAAAUUCAGACAUUUAUGAUGGCUGUUGGAGAGAGGGAGUGCGUGAAGGCAGUGGUAGGUAUGCCUGGAGUGUUGGCAAUGUAUAUAUUGGAAAUUGGAAAAGUGGGAAAAUGUCUGGCAGAGGGGUUAUGAAGUGGUGCAAUGGAGAUCUUUUUGAUGGCUUUUGGUCAAAUGGGUUGAGACACGGGUCAGGCUUCUAUAGAUUUUCCGAUGGUAGUUAUUAUUUUGGAACAUGGUCUAAGGGGCUGAAAGAUGGACCUGGAACAUUCUAUCCUGCUGGAAAUAAGCAUCUACGGAAACUUAAUCCAGAAGGACACAAGGAGAAGAAGAAAAAACAGUUAUCUCGUAAUUCAUCAUAUGAUUCGGAGGAAUCUGUAAUACCCAGCGUCAAGCGUAGUCUGUCGGAGAAAAUUUCAUCUAGCUUUAGGAGGGGUUCUGGACGAUUCUCACAUAAAACGACAUCACUGGAUGAUGAUCUUGGCCAUUCUAAUUCAAUGAGAGAAAUAAUGACACGUGAGAGACCAUGCAUCAUAUCUAGCAGCUGUGAUGAUGGUCAAACUGAGUUUCCAGAUAACAAAACUGUGGCUUAUGAGAGGGAAUAUAUGCAAGGAGUCCUUAUCAGAGAAAGGAUUAGAAAUAUAUCCAAACUAUCUCACAAAAGUAAACAACGGCUCAAAGUUGCAAAACAAGCUAAAAGCAGAUCAUGUGUGGACAUUUUUGAAGGCCAUAAGAGCUAUUAUCUGAUGCUUAGCUUGCAACUUGGUAUCAGGUAUACUGUUGGAAAGAUCACGCCAGUUCCUAUGCGGGAAGUUAGAUCAUCUGAUUUUGGAGAACAAGCUAGAAUAAGAAUGUAUUUUCCAAGAAAGGGUUCUCAAUUGACUCCUCCACACAAUUCUGUUGACUUUUACUGGAAGGAUUACUGCCCCAUGGUCUUUAGGAAUCUGAGGGAGUUGUUCAAGUUAAAUGCUGCAGAUUAUAUGAUGUCUAUCUGUGGUGAUGAUGGUCUAAGAGAGCUCUCUUCUCCAGGAAAAAGUGGAAGCAUUUUUUAUCUUUCUCAUGAUGAUAAAUUUGUAAUUAAGACACUGAAAAAAUCUGAGCUGAAGGUAUUACUGAAGAUGCUGCCUCACUAUUAUGAUCAUGUACAAGUGCAUGAUAACACCCUUAUAACUAAAUUCUUUGGGGCACACAGAAUAGCAUUAGGACAUGGAAAAAAGGUCCGCUUUGUAGUCAUGGGGAAUAUGUUCUGUACUGAGUUACGUAUUCAUCGCCGUUAUGAUUUGAAGGGCUCGUCUCAUGGGAGAUUUACCAAUAAAGAUGAGAUUGAUGAGACCACUACCCUGAAAGACCUUGAUUUGACUUAUGAGUUUCACAUGGACAGAUUGUUGCAUGAGUCACUUUUUAGACAACUAACUCUCGACUGUGCAUUCUUGGAAUCUCAACAAAUCAUAGAUUAUAGCCUUCUCCUGGGUUUGCAUUUUAGAGCUCCUGAACAUCUAAGAUCUCUGUCAGAGCCCUCUGAUUCACUGGACAAUGCUGAGACUACUAGUGCUCUUGAUGGUGUGAUCUCACAAGGAGAUCUCCUGAUUCCUCCAAGGGGUUUGCUUUUAGUGACCCAUGAGCCCGACUCUGUCAGCACUACUCCAGGGCCUCACAUUCGAGGAAGUACGUUGAAAGCAUAUUCUAUUGGUAACAAAGAGGUUGAUCUUCUUCUUCCUGGAACUGGAAGGUUGAGAGUUCAACUAGGAGUAAACAUGCCAGCUCAGGCAAAUCACAGACUUACGCAGGCCAAGAUCGACUCAGCUGAAGUUGAACUUUUUGAGGUUUACGAUGUUGUUCUCUACCUCGGCAUAAUCGAUAUAUUACAGGAAUACAACAUGAAAAAGAAAAUGGAGCACGCAUGUAAAUCUUUGAAGUUUGAUCCAAUGUCGAUUUCUGUUGUGGAGCCAAAGCUUUAUUCCAAACGGUUUAUCACCUUCCUAGAGAAAGUUUUUCCCCGUGACCCUUAGUUUCAUACCCGCCUGUCCUCUGGUCAUAAAUCGUAAUUCUUUGUCAAUUGGUGCUGUAAAGUAAUCUCUCGUGCAAUAUUCCAUACAACUCUUGCACAUCAAUAUUUUGUAUAUUGUUAGUUUUACUUGGAAUUUCUUACCGUCUUCAUAAUCAUGUAAAUGUUUUCAUAAUUUUCUAUGGAAGAUUGCUGCAGAAAGUUUAAGUUAGUCCUCUUGAUCAUCAGGAUUGACCUCCCUUUUCCUAUCGUUGUGCUCCGGGAGAUCGUAACUUUUUUUUCUUUUUUAUUUGAAUUUGCAUUUAAAUGAGAUAGAUUGAUAGUAAAACUCUGUAUUUCUAUGCUGAAAAAUGAGGGGCGUGUA